AUGUCAGAAUCUACAUCUACCCAACCAGCCAAAUCGUCUUCUUCAUCGUGGUUCAGCAAUUUCGAUCUAAAUAAUCAAUGGUCAACUAUAAGUUCAUCGAUUGUUCAAGCAACGAACAAAGUAGGCGCUGUGGCAAGUACGAUUGUUCAAAAAUCACUACCACAACGACCCUCGACACCAGAUGAGAAUGAACAGUCUGAUGUCGAACCGAAUAAAGAUUUCACUAGUAUUUUAACUGAUCUAAGCUCGACUGUGGUCAAAAGUGCUCAGCAGUUGAAACAAGUAGUCGAAAAAAGUGCUAUUCUAGGAACUUUGAGUAAAGAACACGCGAAAUUUUUGAAAGAUAAACGUAUUCAACAACAUCGUGAAGAAUCAGCUGUUCCACCGUGGGUUGGUUACAAAGAAGAAGAAGAGAUAAAGAAGCAAAUUCUCGCUCUUUCUCAGAAACAAUGCUUUUUCCUCCGGGAGCCACCACCUGGUGCUAAUUAUAAUUUCGAUAUGGCGACUUACUAUCCAGUUGCAUUAGCCACUCUUGAAGCAGAUGAGAAUCUAAAACGAAUGCGAUUUGAACUCGUUCCAAAAAAAAUCACGGAAGAAGCCUUCUGGCGCAACUAUUUUUACCGAGUUAGUCUGAUCAAACAAUCGACUCAACUAAAUACUCUAGCUAACGAGAAAGACAAGUCUUAUGAAACAACAGCUUCAUCUAAUUUCGAUGGACAUCGAACAUCUGAAUUGAGUGAUGAACUCUUUGAUGGAAAUCAGGAUUUUGUCAGUGAAGAUUACGAUACAACAGAUAUCAACAUGGAUGAUAUUCGCCGCGAAAUCGAACAAUCGAGUAUUUCAAAGAAAAAUUCCACUAAAACAAAAUCGAGUAGUCCAGAUUUAGAUGAACGAGAAUGGGUUAAAGCACUAGAUGAUGAACUUGAGAAUGUUUCUGCUGAUCAACUGGAAAGUGUAACUGUUGAGGAGCUCGAAGCUCAAAUCAAUGAAGUUUUAUCUGGCAAGGCUACAUGA